GCUUAACAAACGACCAGAGUAGAAGAAGGAAUACAGUCAGAUCCAUGUGAGAUGGUCGCCGAAGUUGGAAAAUAGGCAAGAUCCGUUCGGACCUGACCGGUCGGACAUGUGCUGCUGCGAUUGACAUAUAUAUUGGCUUACGCAAGUGAGAUGGCCCAGCCAAGGUCUCCUCAAGCCCCUCAAGGCCACUCUUCGCUGUUGUUCUCGCAAAAUGACAUCCUCAACCUCAGUCUCUAAGACAGGCUUGAACAACGACAAUGUCAUCUUCGCUGCCAACGAAAGCGAGGUCAAACGUCUAGACAAGCAACACAAGGUCGUGUAUGCCGCAAUGCCACAGCUAGUCCUUGCGCCCAUCGAUCUCAGCCAAGGAGGCUACCGUAUCUUGGAUCAGGCUACCGGAAGCGGAAUAUGGAUCCGCGACGUACGCCAGGCAGCCGGUAGUGCCUCGAACACGUGGGUAGGCACCGACAUCGAAGACAGCUACUUUCCCCGAGAUCCACCCUCGGACACUUCGUAUCACCACCAAUCGAUGACCGAGCCGUGGCCAGUAGAUUGGCAAGGCACAUUUGACUUGGUGCACUCCCGCAUGGCGCUACCGGGUGUUGGUCUCAACCCCCUCGAAGAGGUGGUCAAGAGUCUGAUCGGCUUGGCGAAGCCUGGUGGUUGGAUCCAGCUAGUUGAGAUGGAGUGGGAAGGUUGGGAGGCCGGGCCGGCUUUACAGCUGUUUCAUGACGCUAUGAAGCAACUUGUGAGUAUGGUGACGAACGGACAAGGAGUGGACAUGCGAGAACGCUUGAUCGUGAUGUUCAAUAAGGCAGGCCUAGUCGACGUAGGGUACAGGAUUAUCGAUGUACCGUUGGGUACAAAAGCGAAAGAGGAGGUACAGGAGACGAGCCUGCAAAGCAUGUUUGCGACAGCUUCAUUUGCGACGGAUACACUGAAGAAGCUGCCGCCCAUCGAAAUUGCUGGCGAGGAGUUGGAUUCGAUACCGUCGAAGCUAGUGGAGGAGCUGCGAGAGAUUGGCGGAGGGUUCAAGCUCUUCACUUUGUGGGCUCAGAAGCCAUCCAGUGCCUGAGAGGUGAAAAGCCUUCCCUUUAACUCAAUAUGCAGAGAUGGUGGAUCGCCCGGAGUCGCUUGUACGCUUUAAGGGCACUAGUAUGCAUCUCGAUGGUGUGAUUGUCUUGUU